AUGUUGCAGACAAGGUUUAGGAUCGCUUUACUGCUCCUUGUCUUGGCAUUCAGAUGUGUUGCACAGCAAGAAACCCAAAGUAAAGGCUGUGUCUGUGGAUAUCCUGGAAUACCAGGUGAUCCCGGGCACAAUGGCAUGCCUGGCAGAGAUGGCCGCGACGGACUCCGCGGUGACAAAGGUGAUCGAGGUGAACUUGGACCUACUGGGCUAGCAGGCAAUCAUGGGAACAAGGGAGACAAAGGGGAACCUGGUGCAACUGGUCCAGCAGGGCUCAAGGGGAAAAGAGGAGAUAAUGGAGAUAGGGGCCUUCCUGGGAAAAUGGGACCACAGGGAGUGCAAGGGCCUGUUGGCCUCAAAGGAAAUAAAGGAGAGCUUGGGCUGCCUGGGCCUCCAGGACCUGAAGGACGUUUAGGGCCACCCGGACCACAGGGUGAAAAAGGGGAAACUGGCCUCCGAGGUGACAGAGGCAUUCCAGGGCCAUUGGGACCACCUGGCAGGCCAGGUCCCAAAGGGGACAUGGGUUUUCCAGGUAACAAAGGAAACAUUGGUUAUCGUGGGGAUAGAGGAGCUCGAGGUGAAAAGGGCGAUAGGGGUGAAAAGGGAGAUGAAUUUGUUGUUUCCAAAAGUGCUUUCUCCGUAGGACUCAGUGCUCAAACUAAACUUCCAGCAGCUAAUGCACCGAUCCGGUUUGACAAGAUUAUUUACAAUGAGCAGAAUCAUUACGAUCCACAAACAGGGAGAUUCACUUGCUCCGCAGCAGGUGCUUACUUCUUCACGUACCACAUCACUGUAUUUUCCAGAAAUGUGAAAGUGGCCCUCGUGAAGAACGGUGCAAAAAUCAUCCACACCACUGACAACUACCAGGGCAGCGAGGACCAGGCAGCAGGGGGAGCUGUGCUGCAUCUGGGGGUCGGGGACAAGGUGUGGUUGCAGGUGGUUGGAGGAGAGCCAUUUAAUGGGCUCUUUGCUGAUGAGGAUGAUGACACUACCUUCUCUGGGUUUUUGAUCUUUGAGGCUUAA